GUGCAUGUUUUGUACAACUGUUUUUAUAAGCAUUUAGCAUUGAGAUGUCUCAACCACUUCUAAAGUGUUCGCGUCUACGAGCCACUCCCGUAGAAGAUAUGUUGAUAACAAAAGGAAUGGAGCUUUACAAAAGAGAUUUCAAAGCUGUUGUGUUGUUCCUCCAAAGAAAUGGAGAAGUUAUGGGUAAGGAUCUAAAGGAAUUUUACUCUGAAGCGGGCAAGGCAGGAGAUUCUGGUUUCAAAAAGGCCACGGAAAGAGUUCGAAAAAGAGCUACAAAAUUGCUGUUGAAAAGUCAACCGAAUCAGUCUAAUAACGUGAKCACGAAUAUAGAGGAAGAAUUUGACAGAAGCCAAGCAGAUGACGACCUUGAAUCUUCCGCGGAAGAGAACGAGAACACAGCUUCUCUUCGUCUUGAUAUUGACAGCAACGAUAUGAGAUUCUCUGUUGAUGCACAAGGUGGUACGGAUGGCUUGGCAACACGUACUGAUGUCCUAGAUAAAAUAAUGCAGCCAGACGAAAAGACUGGGUCCAGAAAACGGAAGAGAACUCGAAAGAGCAACAACAAGGAGAAGCUUUCAGGGGUUUUGGAGUCACUGCCGGGAUUGAUUGCUGCAGCAACUGAGGCUGCCGUACAGCAUUCCAAGGCCAUUAAAAAAUGGGCAGAUACCAUUGCUGAUUCCAGCUCAAGCUCUAAUGAAUAAAAUAACAAAAAUACAGACAGCUCAGUGAACGUUAGUGUAUUUAACUACCAGUAAGUUAACCGAGG